CAACCAAAGUACAGUACACACAAACACAACAUAAACAAAACAUUCCAACUACAUCUUCCACUCUUCUUCGUUCAACUCUUGUUCUUGUUUCUCUCAUUUCUCAUUCUCCAACCAAAUCUCUGCGUUUCUCAUUUCUUCUUCUUCUUCUUCUUCUUCUACGCCAAUGUCUCUCAACACCGAAUCUACUCCUCCGCCGCCGGUCAUCGGUAAAAUUGGACCUUACACUGUUUUCAUGACACCGCCUUCAACUCCAAAACCCUCUUCUAACUCAAUUCCUCUUCAUUCACCAACAACCAUCAACAACAACAAUGCUAAGAUCGCUCCUCCUCCACCUCAGAUUCAUAACCCUCUUCCCAAUUCUUCCAAAAAAACCCUUUCUUCAGAUACUUCAUUUCUCGGUUUUUUCAAGAACGCUGUUGACAAGGUUCAAACCGCUCACUCAAGUUUGGAUGACCAUUUGGCUCGUUGGUUUGGGUUGAAUCAGUCAAAGUAUCAAUGGGCUCUUGAUGAUUAUUAUGAGACCAAGGGAACGGAAAAAGGAGAUCAAAAAGUGAAAGAAAUGUCAAGCAAAGUACAGAGUGUUUGAUUUGCCUAGUUCUGAUGGAUUUAAUCAAAAGUGGGAUGUGAAGACUCUUACUUUGAGUAUAUUUAUACCUUCGUAUUUACAUGUGGAGUAGAAAGAAUUCCUCUGAUAUGUUCAAGAGUUAUUUGUUCUACAACCAUUGAUCUUCUGAUUCAACGUUUUAUUCUUGUAUUGUAUCGUGUUGUAGUUUCAGUAGUGUUUUUUAUUUUCCUUGCCUUGGAGCUGUUUUUGUAUUCGUACUUGGUUAAGGAAAAAUAUUGAUAGUUGCUUUCUCAUGAUGAUGGCAACGUUAUCUCGAAAACAUUUUGUA